AUGCCGGAUGUGCCUCAUGUAGCACAGAGAUCAAGGAAAACGCCGUUCCACUUGCGGGAUAAAGUCAAGGCUGAAAUUGACAAGUUGGUACAACAGGAUAUUAUUGAGAAGGUUAAUGCCUCUGAGAUAUUUCAGGAAGCCAUACGCCAAGUAAUAGAGAACAUUGAAGGAGCACGGAACAUCUCAGACGAUAUUCUUGUGUAUGGUCGGAACAGGAAGGAGCAUGAUAUAGCUCUACAGAAAGUACUUCAAAUGCUGAGUGACAGUGGUCUAACUUUAAAUGGUCCAAAGUAUGAAUUCAGAAAGGACAAAAUAACAUUCUUUGGUGUAGUAUUUGGAGCACAAGGGGAGUAUUUAUUGGUCAUCAUAGACGAAUACUCACGCUACCCGGUAAUAGAGAUAACACGCUCUGUGUCGGCAAAUAUGACAAUUCCGGUACUCGAUAAGGUACUUAGUUUGUUUGGACCACCUAAGAUAGUGAAGAGUGACAACGGAAGUCCCUUUAACUCUGAACAAUUCCGGCGGUAUGCUGAAAGCAUGGGGUUCGAUCAGAGAAGAGUGACUCCACGGUGUCCUAGGGCCAAUGCUCAGGCUGAGGCUUUCAGUAAGCCACUCAUGAAAGUGGUACGCGCUGCUACCCUUGAAAACAGGAAUUAG